AUGGGGAUCCCAUAUCCAGUGGCAAACAACCUACCGGAUCUUGAUUCAUUAUUUGACCAGAAAAUCGAUCAGCUAAUCAAGAAGGACUUUGGAAGCGCAGACUCCCUCAGUCAGCCCAAGGUCGGCCAGCUCCUUGUCCUGUUUCACAAAAACCCAUCCAAGAUAAAGAAGAAAUCACUGUGGUUUGGCCAUGUUAAAGAUGACAUACAACAGGAAACAACCGUUUGGGAAUCAUGGCAGAUUAAUGUUAAUUGCCGCCCGGUGCCCCCAGAGAAACUACUGGCUGACACAUCCUCAAUGCAUGACAGGGGCGUGCAACAGUCCAGGAAGAGCUUUGAAGAGAAUCUCAUGGCCAUAUAUGAGAAGAUAGACAGCAGCAAAGAUCACAUCCCUCCUAUAACGACACUUGAUGUGUCGCCAUUUCCAUAUGAGAUCGAGGUGGAUCCCAAAUCUUCAAAGAAGCCCCCGCCUCCCCCAGACGACGAGUCCUGGGGUAAUUACAUCAAGAAGAUGUUAGACUGA